AUAUCAGAAAACUACUUCUCUAAUUGGCGGAAUAACAGGAAAUAUUACCAAUAAAAUUGGACAAAUGCGACAUUCUGAAUCAUUCAGAUCAAUUGAGGAGAAAGUAGGAUCCGCUUAUGAAAAUGUUAAGACUAAAGUUGUAUCGAGAUCCGGUUCUCAACAAAGUCUGGAUGAGGUAGCCCGUUCCCGAUCUGGUUCUUCUGUUAGUAGCCCAACUAUUCCCGAGGAAAAACCACUGGCAUAAAAAUGCUUCGUUUAUGCAUCUAUUUAUCCUUCAUUCAAUAUUAAGAACAAAUGGUGAACUUUUUUUGGCAUGUCCUAGUAUCAGAAAAGUACCUUUCAUAAUGUAAUUGCAUACGUGAUGUUUAAAAAUGACGUAUCAUUGCUGUAGGUUAUCCACUUUUAAACGAGAUAUUUGCCUUGUCACUCAGGCACACUAAUAGUUGGUGAUGCAACGUUUUUUUUAAUCAAAAUAACCUUCAACAUUUCAUUACAUCAGUAAAUGUGGCUUAUUUAUAAUUAGCAAAUAUAGCUCUGAUCAUAUUUGGCUAUUUGUGAUAAUUCAUUCCAAUAAUCACGUUAUUCUAUUGACAACAUUUUUUUCUUGUCAGAAUAAAAAUAAUGUAUCAAAGUCGUUUCACUAACCAUGUUGGCAUCAUCAGGAGAUGCUUAAGACCUUAAGGCUCUCAGAAUUAGUCACCUCUUGAUGAUGCUAAUUGGGUUGACGAAACGCGCAUCGAAAAAUAGUAUUCUAGUUCUGGUGAAAGUAAAGUGUUUUCUAUAGAUUGAUUUUUUGCCAGAAGAUCCCAAUUCUAUCAAUCAAAUUCCCGUUAUUAAUGAUACAAAGGACGUGCCAAAAAUUGUGUACUCGUUAUUUUUCUGGCGGCAUUUUUUAAAUUAAAUUCUUGUAAAUUUAUAUCUAAUUUUAGGCUUUUAGAUACCUUGCUACCUAACAACUCUAACAUCUCUAGAAUUUCUAAAGUACUUGUGCAAUUUAUUUUUAAUUUUUGAAAAUGCCUGAAUGUCUUCACUAUUUUGAUACACUAAAAUCUGAAAUAAUUGUUACUUAUAAUGUUAAAGUGGUAUGGAUGAACAUAACUAUCUCUAAAAAUUCAAAUUUAUUUUGGAGAUGUUAAGUAUGAAAAUAAAAUAUUUUUGAUCAAAA